AUGACAUACACAAUUGGAGGUCGACAAAUUAGCUUAGAUAAAGACCUAUAUGAAAGUGAGAGAGAUAUCAUAGUGGCACAUUCAAGUCUAUUCAAGUAUUGUUUAAACAAUUCAAGCCAACAAUUUUUAAUUAACUUGAAACGGAUUAUUCAUUUAUACACUGACAUUAUUACCAUAUAUUCAACGCUAUUAAGAAAAAUACCAAACUAUGACGACAUAACUUUCAUGACAAAUAAAACAAAAUUGAGUCUACUCAAGUUAGAAGACGAUUUUAAUUCAAUAUUGGGUAAAGAUAUUAAUGGCGAUAAGGUAUCAUGGGAAGAGAGAAGUUAUGAUUCUGUUAGAAGAAUAGCUUUAUUGUGCUUGUUAUCAUCGAACGAAAUUCUCUCGGCUAUCAUUAAAAACUUGAAUUGUAUUGACAUAUUCUUCAAUAGUUUUAACAAUCUCAAGAAAUUAUUGAUACCAUUUUUGUUGAACCAGAGCAAAUCAGUACAAAAGUCGAUAAAUAAGGCCAUUUACUUUUUCAAAUUGACAACAAUUGCCGAUGACUUGGACAGAAUCGAAGACACUGAUACUCCUGUAAUGAAACAAUUGAAAAAAAUCGAAAGAAUCACUAAUGGUAUCGAUAGAGAGUCAAUUAUUUUAAACACUGCAUUCCAAACAUUUGACCCGUCCCUACAACAGUAUACUAGAAUUUUACUUGGAAAAGCCAUCUUAAAGAGAAAUAUUCAAGACAGUAACUGUCAAAUUAUCAAAAGAAGAGAUAUAUGCUUCCAGGCAGCGGACCAUGUGGUUAGUAUCCCGCUUACCGAAGAGCAAUCAUCCAAUAUAUCGAUGAAAUAUAUUACAAAAUACUUCACUUAUCUCAUAGUCAUAGUGUUGUUUUUGGUGGGUAUAAUGAUAUAUAGACUUUUGAAGAUCUUUCUAGACUAA